UUCCACUACAAACAGGAAAGGGAAGUCACUUCUCAACAAACUAGCCAUGUAGUAAUUGAAAAUUCAUUUGUGCCCUUUUUUGAUAUAAUAAGAAAAAGCUUCAGACACAAAAGAUGUUCGGCGGAGACGAUGAAGACGGAGACUUCUUGUCGCCUACAGGAGGGGCCAAGUUAGCCUCCCUGUUUGGACUAGACCAGGAAGGCAGUCAGGGGAACGAGUCGUUCCAGUACACAGCACCCAAACAGCCCAGAAAGAGCUCCAAUUCAGCACCAGCCACCCAGAAACCAGCUCCACCACCCGGAGCUCCUGCAGUGUUAUUUGCUACAGCAGUUCAAGCGUUCAGAUAUAUUAACGGACAGUAUGUGAAGCAGGGAAAGCUGGGAGCAGCCAUACUGGGCAACCACACAACAAAAGAGUACAAGCUGCUUCUGUACUUGAGCCAACAAAAACAAGUGACCACAGCCAAGAUUCAUGUGGGCUUUGUUUUUACGGUACAGCCAAACAAUUACUGCACUUUUUAUGAUGACCAGAGGCAAAACUGGUCCCUGAUGUUUGAAUCAGAGAAAGCUUCAUCGGACUUCUGUAAAGAGUUGUGUUUGGCAAAAGCGAACAGCGUGGUCUCCUUAGAUGCUGUUCUGAUUCAGGACCUGAGUCUUGGCGAAGGCCAGGCAGUGGAGAAUGGAGACUCUUUGGAGGUAGUGUACACAGGCUGGCUCCUGCAGAACCACACCAUUGGACAGAUGUUUGACUCCAACCAGAGCAAGGACAAGUUGCUACGACUGAAAAUUGGAGUUGGAAAAGUGAUCAAAGGCUGGGAGGAAGGGAUGCUUGGGAUGAAGAAGGCAGGCCGUCGUCUAAUUGUCAUCCCACCCAAUCAAGCCUAUGGAUCAAAGGGAGUCCCCAACCGUGUCCCGGCUAACAGCACUCUUAUUUUUGAAGCAGAGCUUCGACGGGUGAAGUUUUCCAAGGACAGUGGGUCUGUUAGUGCCAGUACCAGCUCCAGAGACUCUGCUGCUCCCUCCCCUGUUCCUUCUCCAGCCUCCAGUGUGGAGAAUUUGGCUCCAGAGCCCCCAAUACAGACGACCACCUCUGGUCCAGGCAGACCAGGGGAACCACCACUUCGUGCAAAGUCAGACUCACUCAGUGAGCAGUUGGCAAAUCCAGAUGCCACAAAAGCCAAGCUGAUUUCUCGCAUGGCAAAGAUGGGCCAGCCCAUGUUGCCCUUCCUGACUGGAGUGGCCAGCCAGCCUGAAUCCAGUGACUCUGAGCUUGAGGACACCAGUGGCAGCAGAGCAAAGGAUCGGCCUGCAGCUCCAUCUCCAGUGCAGAUCUCCGCUGCUGCUCUAGCUUCAGCACACAUACAUCCUCAUCUGCACACUGCUCCACCUUCUGCCUUACUUCCUGUUAUGACCACUGUUGCCCCACAGCCUGGGCUGUCAGGCAGUAGCCAUGCCUUUCAGCCUUACUCGUACACACAGACCUCUGUGGCUCCAUCUCAGCUGCAGCCUGUUGGCCAGGUCUUCCCUACACAAACUGUUCCAUACAUCGGCUCCAGUGAUGUGACUUCCUUCUUGAUGACUGAGGCCCGACAACACAACACAGAGAUCCGGUUAGCUGUCGGAAAAGUAGCAGAUAAAGUGGAUCAACUAGCCUCCAAGAUAGAUGACCUCCAAAGGCAGGGAAAUCUUUCCGUGAAUGUUCCUAGUUUGUCGAUGGAAACCUCAAUGAUCAUGCACAACAUCCAAAGAAUUGUCCAGGAAAAUGAAUGUUUAAAAAAGGAAGUCUUUGAGAAAAGCUCUCGCAUUGAGGAGCAAAACCGUAAGAUUGGGGAGCUCAUCAACCAAAACCAGAGGUACAUGGAGCAGAGUAACCUGCUGCUAGAACAAAGGAACGACUCCCUCAAGACAUCCAGUGAGCAAAACCAGGCCAGAUUACUGCAGGCUGAGCAGGACAAGCAUACACUGCCUCAGGACCUGGGCUUCGGGCAGGUUCGUCUGACGGAGGAUCUGGCGUUGUCCACAGCCCAGCUGUCUGAGCUGCAACUGAAAGCUACAGCUCAUCAGCAGAAGGCCAUUGAGCUGCAGAGUAAGCUUAGCUCAGUGCUGCAGGACAGUGAGAGGCAGUGCCAGCGCAUCGUUGCCAUGGAACCGCAGCUGGAAGAGCUGAAGGAGGAAGCAGAGAGGGCCCAGGCUCAGUACCACUCAGAGAAGCAAAGACGCAAAGAAUUGGAACUGAGAGUCAACAACAUGGAGGAGGGACUGCAGGACCUCCAGACUGAUAAAGAGAGCCUAGAACGAACCCUUUCUGAAAGGAAGAAGAAGUGGCAGGCUGAGCGUCAGCGUCGGGAUGAGGAGAUGGAGGAGCACCGUAAGAGCAUCCAGCAGGAGUUAGACAAUCUCAGAGCUCAGCUUCGCAAGGCCAGGACCUGUACUGACAACGCUGCAUCUGAACAGUUGUCUCAGCUGCAGGCAGAGUUGGAGGAGGAAUGGAAGGGGAAGUGUGAGCAGAUGGUGGCCUCUGCUAAAGAGCAGCACACUAGAGAGCUGUCUGAACUAACAGAGCAGAGAGAUGCUCUGCAGGACAAGCUAACCCAGCUACAGGAAAAGUUUAUGGCUCUGAAGCAGUCAAGAGAAUUAGAAGAACAGACUUUGCUACAACACCACAGGCAGACUGAAGAGCUGCAAGUCCUUCAGGAAAAACACACAGCUUUGGAGCAGCAAGACGCAGCUGUAAGGGAGAAACUGGAAAGAAGAGUGGCUGAACUGGAGAAAAAACUGGCAGAGCAGCAAAGUUCAGGAAACACUUCAGCAGAAGUGAAGCGUGUGAUGAAUGGAGUGUUUCAUUCUCUGCGAGGGGAGUUUGACCUCAGUGAAUCUUACAGUGGCCAGGCUGUGCUGGGGGUGAUUGUAACUACCAUUAAGAAUGUAACCCUGCAGCUGCUCAGUGGCACAGACAGCUCUUCACUGAGAUCGAGUGUGAAGGAAGAGGAAGCAGAGGAAGAGGAGGAAGAAGAAACUGAUGAUGUGAAACAAAGACAGGAGACUGUACAGAGUGCACAUGUGAAUGGUGACAGAGAAGUCAAAGAGGAAGAAAAGGAGGGAGAAGAACAUAAGGCUUAUUCAGAUUCUCACAAAGUCAGUGAGACCCAGAUAGAUGAGGGAGUAGCAGCAGAGAAGGAGACAGAGACAGUAACAAAGACACAAAGUCAGGUAGAGGCAUUGGAGGACACUGAUCUCAAUCCUGUUUCUCCAUCUGAACUGAAAGUGGAAAAGACAGCAAAGUCUGAAGAAGAGCAGGAGCAGGCAGGAUGCUCUUUUCCUGAAAUCUCUCCAGAAGAAAAAGACACCAACAGGUCUGCAGAUCCAGAUGAUAAACCUGAUGAGAGUUCAUCAACGCAAGAUGCACAGGAGACUGUAUCAGAAAGAAAUGCUGCAGUGAGCAGUGAGGUGGAGACAGAGAGUGUGGAUGAUGGUGAGCAUGUAGGAGAAAUGCAUGCUGCCUGUCAGAAAGCCUUUGGACCUCCAGCUAACCCACCUCCACCACCAAAUGCACUACCCAACAGCUCAGGAAAGGACACAAGUCUGGCUGGGGCAAUGGGUGAGGUAAAUGGAGAGGAGCCAUUUUUCCAGAUCACAACUCCUGUCAAACCCCCCACAGCACCCAGUGAGGAGGAAGAGGAGGAUGAGAUGAGCUUGAAGGGGCGCCCCCCCCCCGCCCCUCUUUUCGGUGAUGAUGAUGAGGAUGAUCUGGACUGGCUAAACUGAGGUGGAACCAGAAUAAUAAGAGUCAGCGUCUUCAUUUUAACACUAAAAACAGGUGCAAGGUGCUUCACCAGCUGUCUCUGCCUGGAGGAGUCAGAGCAGUCUAUAUGACGAGAGAGGCCUGUGCUGAUGAACUGGACUGGACGGAGAAGUCUCUUCAUCUCUGUGCUGUCCUGCUGACUCCCAGCUGCUGCCACAGCUACAGCUCCAGGCUCUGAUUUGGUUUGAAAUACAGGACUGAAAUUCACAGAGGAAUCAGUACUUUUCACUAAUUUUGUGACAUCUGUUGGUGAUGUAAUUUAAUCCCAGAUUUAUACAUGGCACUGUAGCAGAUGAGUUUGUUCAAUCAGCAGUAACUCUCUUAUUUUAAUUAGCUUGCUGCUUUAAGAAUAGAACUUUUACACAGUUUUGCUAACCUCAAAUUAAGUGCAGAAAAUAAAUGACAUGGAAAAUGUGGCCUUUAUCACUGUUCUUGGUGUGUCGGAUCAGUUUUGUCUGUAAUGGUUUAUAAUUUUUCUAAUUGUUUAGCUCUAAUCGCUUUUAGUCUCAUUAGAUAUUUCAGAAACCUUUGACAGAUAAUCUGGGCACUUGUAUGUAAAAUUGUUCUUAAAUACUGUAUGUUGAAUUUGAUGUCUGUCUUUUCAUUAUUAUGUUUUUGUUUAUCAGUGGUUAUUAAUUAGUUUAUAAAAUAUACAGUAUGUUUUUAUGUGGAGGAGGACUGCUAGAGACCAGCAGGGGGUGCUCGAGACCCCAGUGAAACUACACUGUUGCCAAGCAACAGAAGUGUGCUAGGCAGCCAUCAGCUGUACCAGAUAGCAUAAAGAGCUGCAUGCAUAUAUAUAUAUAUACAGUGGUGAUCAAAAUUAGAGAACAAUUUAUGAACACUUGAUUUUUCAGAAAUAAUGUAAUCUUCAUUGCUCAAAAGGAAUUUUUGUUGUGGCUAUACCAUGCUACUAACCAGGGCACUUCAACAAAAAAAACAACAACUUUAUUUUGUGGAAAACACUGAUCAAAAUUAGAGAACAGCUAUGACUGUAGCAUGGAGAAAGAUUACAACUAAAAUUCCUGAAGGUUCCAACAGUCAAUUAGUAGGAAGUGUACAGGCCCUUGGUUUGAAUGACUUCAGCACAUCUGCGGCCACAGGACAUCACUAGUCUCUCACACUGCUCUGAUGUGAUUUUGGUCCUCUCUUCUUCCAGUCUCCUCCACAGUUCGGUGACUGUAGUAGGUUUCUUAGCCAUAACUUUGUUGCCAAGGAUUUUCUAGAGGUUUUCUAUUGGGUUUAGAUCAGGACUCUGGGCUGGCCAUUUCAUUAUUUCACUGUUUUCAGCUUGAACUGCUUUACCCAUUUUGUAUGGAGCUACAUUUGUUUCUUUAUUAUUCAGUCAAACAGAGUAGGUUUUGCAAUAAAAAAAAAACAA